AUGGAUUUCUAUCAGUUUAAAAAUCGAAGAAGAAGCGAGAGAGAGAGAGAGAGAGAGAGAGAGAGAGAGAGAGAGAGAGAGAGAGAGAGAGAGAGAGAGAGAGAGAGAGAGAGAGAGAGAGAGAGAGAGAGAGAGAGAGAGAGAGAGAGAGAGAGAGAGAGAGAGAGAGAGAGAGAGUGGGAGAACCAUGCACGAAUGGGUCGGCUCAACCGGAGUGAUACCACGGGCUUACAACAAACUGGCAUGAAACACUUUAGCGUUCUGUGGCGCCGUGUUAAUGAGGUUACCGGAGGCCUUGGGGAAAAUCAUUCAAUGACUUCUCCCGCCCCGGGCCGGGCGGGAGGGAGUGUCAGACUCUUACUGACUAAAAACCCCCCCGUUCCUUCUCCUGCUCUGGGCCAUGAUCGCGGUGCCUCAUUGCGCUUACCCCGCAACCCCAGCUGA